AUGCUCCAUCUCGUCCUCGUCGACCACGACGUCACCGGCGGCUGUUUCGAACUGGCCUCCGAAUUCCUUCGGCCAUACUUCCCCAGCGGAGGGUUUGAAUUUCGGUCCAUCGUGUUCGACAUCGGCAAUGCCUCAAAGAUCGACGAGUACCGGUUGCAGGCGACUGCCAUCAUCCAGUCGCUGAUGAGCUCCAACUGGGCUCGUGUCGUCGUCGCCAUCACUAACCACACCGACAACGAGCAUGGAGAUCCAUUUAUUGGGUACGAGGGCAACAAGAAGUCAUACGUUUCGGCACGCGUUCACUCUGUUCUCGAUGUUCUGCUUUCACCUUGGCAUCCCCUGAUUCAUGGUGCCGCGGAAUCAUACUUAUGGCUGUUUUCGUGUGGCUUGCAACAGGCGGUCAUAGAUCAUCGCAUCACAGCCACUAUUGGCUUUAAUGCUGUUCGUUUUCAGCCGAGUUUCGCCACCCACCUUUUGCUCGCAUUCGUGGAGCUGGUCAUCAUCGAGUGUUUGCCCAUUCACAUCGUCUUCCCUGACAUGUUGGGCCAGUCCUACAAACUUGGGCGCCACACUGACGUGUUCUUGCUGAUGCCUGACAACUCAGGUUCGUUGGCCGUUACCAAGUUCGCCUGGACGCAUUCCCAACUUCGCCCCUGGGGUCAGUACCUGCCGGUCCAGUGCCCACAGUGUGGGUGGAGUAACGCCUGGUGUUCUGUCAACAUGCACAAAGAUUACAUCUUUGAAUGCAAGAAUGGCCAAUGUAGGAAAAAGAUCCUUUUGCCAGGCAAAAGACCUGGCUCCUGCUGGAUUUCGGUUGUCUUGAGGCCCAUGCCUAGUGUCCCUGAUGAGGAUGAGGAUUAG